GAGAAAACGUACUUCUGGAGCUGGUCUCCAACUCUGACUGGGAUUUGCUUGUGGCUCGGACAGACGCCCUGCAGGACAGGGGUGGCUUUGGCCUUCGUGUGGGAUUCUACCUUCUGAGUGACGAGUUUUAUAGACUUCGUUGACCUGCUGCCGGCAGCGCAGGUGGAUCCAGGGCAGGACUUCCUGAGGAACAGUAGAACCAGAGGAACAGGAUUCGCUCUGAGGACGAAGUGAUAGUGUCCCACAGACAGGCCGACAGACCCUAUGGCCACAGACCAGACAGACGCCUUCAGUGGGGUCAUGGAGGAGUCGGAGGUGUGUUCCCUGCCUGGGGGGCUCGCCAGCGUCAGAAAACAAUUUGAAGCCCAGGAAACGGCAACAUCGCACAAUGUGACCCAGUUCCAUGUCCAUCACAGAAGCGUGCAGGAAGUGUCCAGCUCUGAGGUCACAGUGAGAGGCAACGUCAGACACGUCAUCCCAGCCAAUCAGCACAUCCAUUUCUACCAGAAUGACAUGGCCACACACGAGGAAAACAACUUGACCUCCAGUUAUGACAACCAUGAUCAGGAAACAGAGGAUGACCUCCCAAGACUCACCACCAAGGAGCUGAGGGAUCGCUUUGAAAAAACCAUAGAAGAAGCUGCUCCCAGCAAGAAAGUAAAGAUGGAACGUGAUGUAAACCGCUCUCAGUGGUCCUGCAAUGUAUCUCAAAAAGUCUCAACUGGUGAGAUGUACGAAGUGUCAGCUUGUGAAGACUCAAACCAAGGUGUCUUUGACUAUGAAGACGCUGAAUACUUCCCUCCACCACCACCUGAGGAAUCAGAGAACCUUCCGCCUCCUCCUCCAGACUUACUGCAGCUCCUGCCAGACAGUCCAGACAUGCCAGAAGAAUUCUACUCCCCGGAGCCCCCAGAAGCAAGUUACACAUCCAAACAACCAAUGAACCGCGAGGAGUACUCAAAGCAGAGAAACCUCUUCGAGUUGAAACGUCUCUACAAGCACAUCCAUCCCGAGGUUCGCAAGAACAUCGAGAAAGAGUACCACACCAAUGUGUCUGAGACACAACAACUAGACUGCCAGGAAUACAUGUACUACGACGACGGCAGCAGUCCUAACAACAUCAGCAUCAGCCCAGACCAAGAGUAUCUGGAAUGGGAUGAAAUCCUCCACGGGGAGGUUCAGUCGAUGCGCUGGAUGUUUGAAAACAAACCGUUGGACGCCAUCAAAGACGAGCUCCCCGAGGAGGACGACGAUAAGAAGAUCACCCAGCAGGAGAUCAUCGUGGGGAAGGACGUGAGGCGCACGGCGUGGAUGUUUGAGACCCAGCCCAUGGACGAGCUGGGCUCUCACAACACAGAGUCCACAGCAUACAGGAACAAGUUCAACAAGCUGGACAAAGGAGAGGUCCGUGCCGCCGCCUGGCUGUUCGAGACCCAGCCCAUGGAGAUGCUCAACAGGAGGCUGGGGGAGCAGGAGCUAACCAAAGAGCUCGUGUUCACCGAAGAGGACGUGAACUCCACCGUGUACAUGGUGGAGAGUCAGUACAUGGAAACGCUGGGUCACACCGAGACCAUCGACGAGAGCCACCUGCUCAGCCUGAGGUCCGUCCUGGAGGAGAUCAAAGGAGAAGCGAAGAUCGUCACCAGCACCUUUGAGACCCAGUUCACGUGCGUCCUCAUGGGACAGGCAGCGGGGCAGCUGCUGGAGAUCAAGUCUGUGAGGAAGGUGGAGAUGGAGACCCAGUCCUCCACCACCUCUCGCUGGCUGUUUGACACCCAGCCCCUGGACAUGACCGCCAAGACGUGCACCACUGUGAAGUUGGUGUGCAGCCUCUCCUUGGAAGACAACAACAGAAGCAGCUGGGGUAGGUGGCUCUUUGAGACCAAGACGUUGGACGCUUUAAACUAUGACUGGGAAAGUACCAAGCUGCAGAGGGAGGAGAUCGUAGGCGCUGACGUUAGGAAACACUGCAUGGUGUUUGAAACUCAGCCCAUGGACUCUCUGAAGGACGACUCAAACGCCAGACCCCCUACCAUAGAGGAAGUCAUCGGGGGUAACGUCCGAUCCGCAAGACACUUUUUUGAGACCAGUCCAAAGUCCGCUGCUAAGAAUGGUCUUGAGGUGGGGAAGCUUAAAAAGGCUCUGACGCACGAGGAGGAGAGAGGAGAUGUGAGACAUCAGAAGUGGCUGUUUGAGACUCAACCAUUGGAGCAAAUAAGAGAAGAGAAAAAAGAGGUUGUUCGCACCGUGAACCUGCAGGAAGACCUCACUCAGGAGGAUGGCACAACCGUCAAGGCCAACGUCCGAAAGAACUGCUGGGUUUUUGAGACACAGCCCAUGGAUACACUGAAAGACGAUUCCAACUCGAAGCCCUCAUCUAAGGAGGAGAUUAUUUCCGGUAAUGUCAGAUCAGCAAGAAACUAUUUUGAGACAGUCCCAAGUGACGAUUUGAAAGAUCUUGCUGAGGUGGGUAAACUACAAAAAAUGGUAGCCCUGGAAGAAGAGAAGGGGGAUGUUAGACACCAAAAGUGGCUUUUUGAAAGCCAACCCCUGGAGAGCAUUAGAGAUGAGAAGAAGGAGGUGGUUCGCACCGUCGACCUCGGGGAGAUGAAUAAAGGGGAUGUCUCAAACUACAAGAAGAUAUUUGAAACUACAGACCUGAGCAGAAAGGAUGAAUCUCAAAAGAUCCUUGUAGAAGGUGUCACGUGUGGCUCUGUGAAAUCGAACAAAGACCUCUUUGAGUCGACAACCAUGUACGCCAUGCAGGACAGCUCCGGACACUACCACGAGGUGAGGACCGUGCGCCGUGAAGAGGUGGUCAAAGGAGAUGUGACAUCUUGCAAAUGGAUGUUCGAAACUCGCCCUAUAGACCAAUUUGAUGAAAGCAUAAACAAUUUCCAAAUUAUCAAGGGGAUAUCCAAACAAGAGGUCGAGUCUGGGGACGUGAAAACCGCCAAGUGGCUGUUUGAAACACAGCCUCUCGAUGCUAUUAAAUACUUCAGCAAUAUGGAGGAUGAAGAAGAUGUUGGGACUGCAGAGAAAGUUGACGUUGUGAAAGGUGAUGUGAAAACCUGCAAGUGGCUGUUUGAGACUAAACCAAUGGACGUCCUCUACGAGAGGGCUGAAAUCAAAGUUGAGGAUGAAAGUGAAGAGAUUCACAAAGGAGAUGUGAAGACCUGCACGUGGCUGUUUGAGACACAAGCGCUCGAUACUAUCCGAGAUGAGACAGAAACGGUUCUGAAAGCGUGUACUGUGAAACAAGACGACGUCCAGGGCAAGGACGUACGAAUGGCUUGCUUCCUCUUUGAGACCGAGAACCUUGAGAAUCUCACGGGGGAGGAGGAAGGUUUUAAGAGAAUAACUGAGAUAGACGUUCAAUCUGGGGACGUGUCUCACAUGAAGUGUAUCUUUGAGAACCAGACAUCAGAUAUCAUGACCUCCACAUCUAAGGAAGUCAUGCACAAGCUGAAGAGCCUUCAGUCAGAGGAUAUACAGAAAGGAAAUGUUGUCAACUGCAGAUGGCUCUUUGAGAACCAAUCCAUAGAUACGAUUCGUGACAGCCAAGAUGAAUCUGUAAGCGGCCGUACUGUGAAGGACGUGCAAGGCGGCAAUGUCGAUAAAGGUCGUUUUAUUUUUGAGACCUACACCUUGGACAAAAUUCAAGAGGUGUCUUCCGAGACAGAGGAGACAGACGUCACGAAAAUGCAGAAAAUCGUCCGCGAAGACGAAGAGAAAGGGGAUGUGAAGAACUACACCAUGAUGUUCGAAACUCAGCCCCUGUACGCCAUUCAGGACAAAGAAGGGCAUUACCAUGAGGUCACGACCGUCACCAGUGAGGAGGUCAUGCGUGGAGAUGUGGUAGGGUCUCGAUGGUUAUUUGAAACCAAGCCCCUUGAUUCUAUCAGAGAUACUGACGAGGUCUACAUAAUCAAGUCUGUCACACAGGAGGACGUUCAGAAAGGAGAUGUGACUUCCGCAAAGUGGAGAUUUGAGACGCAGCCUCUAGACAGGAUCGCCGAGGACAAAAAGAUGUUCGUCAAAACCGUAGAUGAUAUUCAAGGAGGAGACGUCCGAAUGAACAAAAGACGCUUUGAGUCGGACGACCCGGCGCAGACGUCUGUUCGAACGGUGAAUGUCAGCGAGAUUCAAAAAGGCGAUGUGAGGACAGCCAAAUGGAUGUUUGAAACCCAGACAAUUGACAAAAUACGUAGCAUGAGCUCUGAAAAUAUUGUGGAGACAGUCAUGAAGGAGGAGGUGGCAAAGGGAGAUGUGAAACAAUCAGUUUGGCUCUUUGAGAAGAAUCCCCUCGACCACAUUAAAGAGGUGGAUGAGAACGGCAUAUUCACUAGAGAAGAAAUCCCCAAGGCAGACGUGCAGACAACAACAUGGCUGUUUGAAACCACUCCGUUCCACGACUUUAACGAGACCAAUACGGAGAAGACGGAAAUCGUGGGGAAAAGUAUCAAAGGAACCCUUGAGGAACUCUACAGUCAGAAAAUGGUAAGUUCAAAAGGAAUUCUCCUUGAAGCAGAUGAAAUUGGGGAUAUUAGAAUGGCAAAAUACCAGCUAAUGAAUAAGCAGGCUCCAGAGAUCCAGAAGGAGGAGGUGAUACGCGGGGACAUGCAGAGCAUCAUGAUGAACCUCCUGAACAGACGAGACACACGGGAGAGCGGCAUCGUGAUCGAUUCAGAAGAGAAAGGAAACAUCAGCACAACAGUGCAGCAGCUGUUCAGCCAGGAGAGAGACAGCACUGUGGAAAAAGAGGAAAUCAUUCGAGGAGACAUUCAGGAAGCGGUGAGCAGUCUUCUGAAGGAGGCAGGCUCCGCCAAACGCGGCGUGCUCAUCCAGGAGGAUGAGAAGGGAGACGUGAGGAUGACAAUAUAUUCCCUCCUAAAUAAACAAGACGACGUGAGCAUGGAGAAAGAGGACAUCGUCAGGGGCAACAUUAAGAGCGCGCUCCAGAGCCUGUCAAGCCUGGAGAACUCGGAACAGAUAAGGAUAAAGGUAGACGACUCCGAAAAGGGAAAUGUCAACUUUUUCUCCACGUGUAUCGAAUCGGGAGCACUUGACUAUCUCAAACAGCUCCAAGUAGGGCCGGAUGAAGUUCUGCCUGACAAAGCCCAGAAAGAGGAGAUAGUUGGAGGUGACAUUAAAGGAACAAAACUCAUUCUGGGACGCAGCCAAGCACAGAUUGAACGUACGGUCGAGGAUAUUGUUCCUGGAGAUGUUCACAGCACUGUGAAGGUUUUCAUGACCGAACCGAUGGCCUCCAUGGAUGGUCUGCAGAAAGAGGAAAUUGUGAGGGGGGAUUUAAGGGCGACUAUGAAUUCCUUGUCACAGUCAGUGAACCAGUCUGUGGUGGUGGAGAAAGAGGAAGUAGUAAAAGGCAACAUAACCAAAUCUCUGCGCUGCCUGGAGAAGGCUCAGAAACGCUACAAGGAGGUGGAGAAGCCAGAUAUCGUCCGGGGCAACAUUAAAGGAGCCCUGAGGUCCCUUGAGUUGUCAGCGACCUCCAGAGUUGAAAACAUGGUCGAGGAUCUCGUGGCCGGAGAUGUCAAAGGAACCUUGAAGUCUCUGGCGAAGGCGACCCACCUGGUGAAGGAGGUGGAAAAGGAGGAGAUUGUGGGGGGGGACAUUCAUUCAGCGAUGAUGUGCCUGCAAGACGCCUCUAGUGAUAGGAGGGUCUUCCAGCAUGAAAUAGAUGUUCAGGGAGAUGUGAGAGGAACUAUCCAGCUCCUAUUGGAAGCUCCAGCCUCCCCGCGCAUGCAGCGUCGACCCAGCACCGAGGGAGACGUGAAGAUGUCAAUAAGGUCUCUGUAUGACACUCAGGAGAUUCAGGAACAAAGCCAGUCUGAGAAGGAGGAGGUUUUAAAGGGGGAUGUUAAAGGCACAAUAAAGUCAUUGUUGGAGACAGCGAAGCGCGAAGCUCCUAAAAUCAAAAUUGGAGCAUACAGGCGAGUCAAAACUCCUGUGAAGGCUGAGAUCAAAGCGACCCCUGUAGCUACGACUCAGAGCGCUGACGCACAAAGAAACGUACAAAAGAUAAGAACUGCUAAUUCCUCGAAGACUGAGAAUUCUACGGUGGAGAAUCAUUCUCACUCAACUCAAUCCACAAUCAGCACAACCGAAUCUCAGACCACUCAGCAAUCCGCUACCGUGGUAGAACACAAAACCAUCACCCAGAACCACGACAUCAAAACUUUGAAGACGGAGUUCCGCAAUCUGAAUUCAAAUCGAAAGGGUUUCAUCAAAUUGGAUAAAACCAAAGUUAAAAGGGGUGUUUAUGUCCCCAAACCAACACUGCAAGAAUCUGAUCUGCCUCUGCCCCCCCCUCCUCCAUCAAUGUCUGAACACGAUAACCAGUGCCCCACCCCUCCCCCACCCAUCAGCGACAUUCCCCCUCCCCCAACUCCCCCACCCGCUGUUGACUCUGAGCUGGAUGCACUGCCCCCACCUCCUUCACCCCCUCCCGGCACCACAGAGCAAGACUUCCUCCCCCCCCCCCCGUCUCAGCAGGAGCUCGACUCCAUGCCUUCCCAGACGCCUCACCCCGCGCCGGCUAAAGCAACCAAAAUGAUCGUCAAGAAAGUCAAAGCUCCUGUGUUGCAGAAGGUCCCAAAGCUGGGGCCUCAAGUCCAGGUGCAGACGAAUCGAAUGGUUCAGUCGGCAACCAACACCACCACGGCCAGAACGUCAGUGGUGGAAACGAGCCAAAGUCAAACUGAGUCUGUGGGUCAUUCAUCAAAAACGAUUUCCUCUGAAAUCCCCAUGCCACCUGUAUCGCCACGCCCGCUGAGGAACGUUUGUGUCUCCCCAGUGAGAUUCACACCUCCUCCUUCCCCUCCUCCUUCCAUUAAAGCCAAGUCUAACAUGAGCAGAUUCACCACACCAUUGAUAAAAGCAGAAGAAAAAUAUAGAAAGCUGAAAGACGAUGAUCCUUCACCAGCUAUUCCAGGUCCCGUUUCUACAUACGAUUCAGUCACUGCUGAACCUGAGAUGGUUUCCUCUGAGGGCGCAGGUACUGAGCAAUCAAAGCAGAGCAGCGUAACAUUUGAUUUCACCCAGGAGAUGGCUAAAAAGACUGUGACUAAAGUCCAAUCAGACACAGUAUCAUCUGAAUCAUCCAAGCGAGUGAAAAAUUCAGAUACCCCCUCCAGCACGGCUUUGAUUACUGCUGUAAAUGUGAAAAAUCUGCCAGAUUCCACUGUUAUUUCUUCAACUAAACAGCAUAUAGUCUCUAAUCAGAGUUCAAAAGUUGCCUCUGUUCAGGAGAUCACAUCCUUUUCAUCCUCAACACAACAGACAUUCACGGAAAUGAAACAGCAAACUGCUUCCAGCUCUUCCCAGCAGUCUCAGUCGAUUGAAACAAACAAAGUCCAGACCUCGACCAGUGCUGUCACAAAAAACGAUUCGAUCCAAACAGACAAGAAAGAAUUCAAAAAUCUAAAAACAAAGGGUUCCGAUAAAUCUGGAGUGAAAAAGAUAACCGAGAAGGCAGUUGCGUCUGUAAAGGUCACGGCAAAGUCAGAAUUGACAACAGAGAGGAAGGGGAAAGCUGAUAAAUCCUUGCAAUCUGAAGACAAAAAGAUAAAAGAUAAUCUCCCUGUGGCUGAGAAGGUUGCUCAUCCGCCAACAAAAACAGAAAACACAAUCACUGUGAAGAAUGUAAAGAUGGGAAAAUCACCCCAAUCUGAGAACAAAAAGAUAAAUGAAAAUGAGAAAGUACCUAAUCAGCCCUCCAUAACUGUCACGGCCACACAGGAGGCUGUUGUCAACGCAGGAAAUUCAGCACAUAAGACAAGGAAGAGCAUUAAACAAGACACGCAAGUGGAGAUCAAAGAUACAAGGCAGACAAGCGAGAGUGAAAAGGAAAAGGUGGUUGUGGAGAAAAGGGUGGAGAAAGUGGCCGAGCCUGGGGUCAAGCAGGACACCCAGACAGAUCUCUCCGCUGCUCCAGAGGCCAAGGACAAUCAACCUCCAGCGACUCCGACUCCCAAACGCAAGAAGAAGAAGUCCCGGAAACCAAACGGAGUGACACAGGCCGCCCCCGCAGAAGCAGCCGCCUCUGUGUCUGAGAAGUCCUCUGUGUCUGAGAAGUCCUCUUCUGUGUCUGUGAAGUCCUCCUCUGUGUCUGUGAAGUCCUCCUCUGUGUCUGAGAAGUCCUCCUCUGUGUCUGAGAAGUCCCCCUCUGUGUCUGAGAAGUCUGCCUCUGUGUCUGAGAAGUCCUCCUCUGUGUCUGAGAAGUCCCCCUCUGUGUCUGAGAAGUCCUCCUCUGUGUCUGAGAAGUCCCCCUCUGUGUCUGAGAAGUCCCCCUCUGUGUCUGAGAAGUCCUCCUCUGUGUCUGAGAAGUCCCUCCAGAAUCAGGAGGUCACGGUCAUCCAGAUGCACGCAGGCGUGAAGGAGGAGCAUAGCAAGGUCCACAAAGAGGUUAUAAUCACGGAAAGUAAAGUUUAUCAGAGUUUUCAACAACAGGAGACUGUUACUGUUCAAAAGCAAGUAAAAGCUUCUCAGAAAAAGAAAGGGGAAACAGGAGUGAAGUCUAAGGAGGGAUGCAAGAAUGUUGCAGUGAAAGUGACUGACAAGCCAGCACAACGCCAACCUGUUACAAUGUCAACAGAGAGCACACGGGAUGUUCAGAGACAAGCAGAAGUUCAAAAGUUAAUCUCACACAUAAUUGAACUGCAGGGAGCUACAGGACAGAUUGAUUCCAAGUCUGUGAAGACUCUGCUCAAUACAGUUCCUGAGUGGCUAAUGGGCUCAGAGGAGAAAAGUGAUUUGGAGGAAAAAGCAACUGAACAUAAUAUGGAAAAACUGAUAGAAAUAGUACAGUAUGUGAAGAAACUGACAGAGGCCACAUUAACGUAUUUAGAAGGCAAGGGCACUGUGGAGAAACAUGAAUGUGAGCAGGUGUCUGAAAAGAUUGUUAUUGGCGGGACAACACAGAGAAUAUCUAAAAUAAGUAUUGGCUCUGCGAAAGUUGAAUGUCAGAAGAAGGUUGUAGAGAAGAAAAAGACUUCACAUGAAAGCAAAAAGCAAGAGACGAUCUCAGUGAAGCUAAGUGACCCCAGAACGCCCUCUCCAUCAUUAAAGAUGCGCCCUCCCUCACCCACAUACAUUACCAUCGAGUCCGCACGGAGAACAGACUCCCCUCAGCGCGUAACCCCCUCACCCACCCCGCUGCACCGACCGGCCACGCCUCCUACCCCCCCCCCUCGCAGGUCCGACACCCCGACGUCUCGCAUCAACAGAGUCACCCCCUCCCCCACCUUCGACAGGGCGGAGAACUUGACUCGACUGAAGGACACCACAGCAAAGCUCUCCCGCGGAGUAACACCGCCUCCAAUUUUGCCCCCCCAGCAAAUCACAGAAAAGAAAUCGGAAAUUGUGGAAUCUCCUGCUUCAUUCCAUCGGCAAAUCAAAACAGAGACACAUGUGGUGAAACUGUCCGACACAGCAAGCGAUAACACAUCGGUGAGGGAGGAGAGCGCUUGCUUUGUGGAUGCUCAGAGGAGAUUGGGUGUAGACACAGACAAGCCAGCUGACCACCUGGAGCAGUUCACAGAGGGCAACGCCUCCUUCCGCCAAACUGAUUCAGAUGCUACAGCAGAGACGUCUGACUCAUCGACUGUCAUCACAUCGGUGAGAGACAAGACAGAGUUUUUCGAAGAGGCUCGUAAAGCGAAGGUAAAUAAGACCUAUGUUCGGAAGGAGCCCAUCGAUAUCCCAGAGCGCCUGGGCCCAGACACGGAGGAACCAGAGGCCGAACACCAAGAGAAAGAGGAGGACCUUCUCAAGGUGGACUUGUCAGGUCUGGUCAACAAAUUCGAAACACCAGAAGAGAAAAUCUACAUUAGAAAGGAGCCUAUUGUGAUCGCAGACAGACUUGGGGCAGAGAUGGAGAAGCCUGAGGCUGACUCAGAGAAAUCAGAAAGUCUGGAGGACGAAAUGCCAACAUUUGACAUCCGGACUAUUAAAAAUGUUUUUGAGCUUGGUGAAGCGAGCGCCGCGUUCAAAGAGGAGAAAAACAAACAGGAGGAGUUGGAAACAGCAUCAGGCAGUUCAAAGCAGGAGGGUCCUCAGGGGACAGAGGGGAGCUCCUGGCAGAGCACCCCCUCCCCUCCUCGACAGGAUGAGGUGGAAACAAAGCCAGCUCAGCCAACAGGCUUUUCCGGGACAAAGUCAGUCACUGAACAGUUCUCAAGCGUCGAUGAAUUCGGCAACAAGACAGUCGGGUCACGUUGCAUCACAACGGUCUCCCAGCACUCCAAGACCCUGUCUGCUUCGCCAGUGCCCGUCUACAAGACCCUGUCUGCUUCGCCAGUGCCCGUCUACAAGACCCUGUCUGCUUCGCCAGUGCCCGUCUACAAGACCCUGUCUGCUUCGCCAGUGCCCGUCUACAAGACCCUGUCUGCUUCGCCCGUGCCCGUCCCCUUCUCGUACGCUGACGCGGUCAAACGGAAAGCUCAGGAGCUGAAGGCCGCUGAGGCCCGUGCGGAAGCGUCCACGGAGGAGCUGCUCCAGAACUUCCACAAGACGUGGACGGAGAGCGAGAACGUUUUCAAGAGUCUGGGCUACAACGUCUCAGAGGAGAGGGCAGCACACGUCGUUUCGCAUCAGACCGUUACAACCGGUUCGAGUUCCCAAGUCGGAGCUGUGUACUGUGUGUCGGAGGAGGGUCUAUCCCAUGGAUGCUCUAAUAGCGGACAGAAAAAAGUUCCAUAAAUCCUGUUUCUGCUGCGAGCACUGCAGAACUAAAUUAAGCCUUGGCAACUAUGUCUCUCUCCAUGGACAUCUGUACUGUCUUCACCAUUACAAACAACUCCUGAAGUCCAAAGGGAACCAUGGUAACGGCCCCGAACAGACGCCACCUUCAGGAAGCGGCGUUACCCUUGUACCAGACCAACUUAAUUGGAGAUACUCAAUUUCACAGAGCAGUGUUAGUUCAUUAGACACGUCAAAUACUCUUGAAAAGGAAUUCCGAAAACCAAUCAAGGAAACCAAACAUAAUAGUAAUAAGAUAUCUGUUGUAUGGCCCCCACAAUCACAACCCCCUAAGAAACCCUUUCAGCUAGAGGAGGAUAUCAAGCUCAUUAAACCCCAGUGGCCGCCUCAGGAUGAGGCCAGCAUGUCUCCCAAACACCAACACAGAAAGGCUGUUCCCAGAAGCGUCCUUUAAAAUAGAGCAACCCAAUGAAUUAGUAUGACAUGUAGAUUAAUCGCAGUGCUGUAUCAUGGAGAACAGUAGAGGCCUUGAGAACGCAACACAAACACACACCUGCAGAAGAACAGGAAGAGCCUGUUAAAAUGAUGGUGGUAAGAGAAGUGACCUUAGAAGAGGGAAAAUGUGUCAUGUAUGUAAAUGUAUGUAAAUGAAUAUAGUGGGCGAAGAGAAGAGAUUGUGGGAGAUGGUGGACUGUAAAUAAUGGUAUUUUAAGAGAAGGGAAUUAGAAGGAAAUGAAUGUGCUGCAGGUUAGAGAAGAGUAAGUCAAAUGAGGGUAAAUGUAGAGUGUGAAAUGUUACAUUGGGAGAAAUGGACAUCACAAAUGUGAUUGGUCUGUCAGGUUUGAUGACAUCAACGUCACAUUUAAGAUGAAAUGGUAACUAAAGGGAGAAUGUAAGACGCAGAGAGAAUUACAACUGGAUAUUCAAAGUGUUUUAUACACUUCUGUCAUACAGUACCCUGAUCUACAUGAUCAUAUCAUCAAUCUUUACCCAUUACGUUUUAAGAAAUUAUUUGAUGCAAAUGUAUUGCAAUAAUCUUAGUUUGUCGUUUUCGUCCAUGGAGAGAGUUACAAAUUGAAUCAAGUGUACCAUUACUGCUUAUAUUUGUCUGGGCCUUUUUCUUUCAACAUAUCAACAUUUUUACAAUUACCUUUUUCUAGCACCUGGUGUGCAGCCUAGUAAAAAUGAUCUUGGAAAUAUUUUCUUUAUAAUAUAUACAGUAUAUACUAUAUCCUAUUAAUUGGUAUUAAUCAUGUUUGUUUUGGAGAUUUGUAUCCUAUUUAAAAAAAGCAAAUAUUUUGCAAUGCACAUUUUAUUUCGUAGAUUAGCCUAUCUUGCUUUGUACAAGAGAUUUCCUGAUGCUAUCAUCUUGUCAGGCUGGUUUACUUUUUAAUUUAUUGCUGAUCCAGGGGCAAUAAAAAGAUUUAAUUGAAAA